UAACAAGAUAUUAACAACAAUAAGGUGGGGACAAAUUAUUUCUGAAUCACUCCAUUUUCUAUAAUUUACUGACAAUACAUUAAUUUCAGAAGUCGUUGGUCCAAGAUUUGUACUUUAUAAAAUAUAAAAUCCACCAUACUUAAAUACGUGCAUGUCUGCCUCAAUCCCCAGCAAAUUUGCCACACCACCUAACUCUUGAAGUAAUAAACUAAGGGAAACUUCUUGCAAGUCUACCACUGAAUUCACUACCUACUCACCCCAAGUAUAUUAAGCUAAGGCAAACAGAGUACUCUGCUAACAUCCUACCAAAGCCAUAUCUUCCCAACCCCAAUGGAUUCGACACCCACUCGCCCGGCUCAAGUAGCCGUAUGCCCAAGCGCAGGCAUCGGACACUUAACACCUUUCCUACGGCUAGCAUCCAUGCUAACCUCUAACUCAUGCAGCGUCACCCUCAUCAUCAUCCGCCCCACUCUAUCAUUUGCUGAAGCCAACCAAAUCAACACCUUCUUAUCCACACACCCCCACAUUACCGCCUCAGAAUUCCACAUCCUUCCUUGUGAACCAUCUUCAAACUCCAACAUCCAAGACCCUUUUCUCCUCCAAUAUGAUGCAGUCUCCCGGUCUGCACACCUCCUCGUUCACCACCUCGCCACACUCUCCCCUCCACCCUCCGCUGUAUUCUCUGACCUGAUGUUCGCAUCAGGAAUCAACAAGCCACUCUAUGACCUCGGCAUCCCUAACUACAAUGUCAUUACCUCUUCUGCUAGGUUCUUCUCUUUCAUGACUAGUCUUACUCAUCUUAGAGUAACAAGAGGUGAUGAUGUUGUGAUACCAGGUUUAGCUCCAAUAGUAGGAGACGACAUUCCACCUAUAUUUUCUAACACAGACCAUAUGUUCACUCGACUGAUAGAGACAAGUUGUAGGUAUCUUCAAGAUGCUAAGGGUAUUGUACUCAACAGCUUUGACUUCUUCGAACCUGAAUCAAUCUCAGCCCUUCAAAAUGGCAAGGUUCUUGCAGGUCUACCGUCGGUUUUCCCGGUUGGACCAUUCAUUCCAUAUGGGUCAAUAAACGGCGAUAACAUACCAUGGCUGGACAACCAACCAUCAAAAUCUGUUGUAUAUGUCUCCUUUGGAAGCAAAACGGUAAUGAGCAAAGACCAGAUAAGAGAAAUAGGGGAUGGGCUUGAGAGGAGUGGGUUGAGAUUUUUGUGGGUGAUCAAGACAACAGUAGUCGACAAAGAAGAUAAGGAAGAGCUCAGAGACUUGCUAAGUGAAGCAUUUUUUGAGAACACCAAGGAAAGAGGAUUAAUUUUAAGGGAAUGGGUGAAUCAAGAGAAGAUCCUUGCACAUCCGGCUAUAGGAGGGUUCUUAACUCACUGUGGAUGGAACUCAGUCAUGGAAGCUGCUCAAAGAGGGAUACCUUUGCUUGCUUGGCCCUUACAUGGCGAUCAAAGGGUCAAUGCCGGAGAGGUGGAGAAGGCAGGAUUAGGAAUAUGGGAAAGAAGCUGGGGUUGGAUUGGAGAAAGAUUGGUGAAAGGUGAUGAGAUUGCAAUGAAAAUACAAGAGAUGAUGACGAGUGAGAAGCUAAGGGCUAGUGCAACAAGAGUUUGGGAUGAAGCUACGAAAGCAUGGGAAAAGAAUGGAAGCUCGAGAAAAAUGUUUGAGACAAUUAUUGGAGAUAAAGUUAGUACUUAGUAGGGUGUGUGUUUCGGGGUUUUCUGAUGUCCUGCGGGAGAGUUACAAUUCCGAGACUGGAACCGGACGCCUGUACCUGCAAAAC